AUGGAGCCUCUAUUAAAUAAUGGCAUAUGCCGGUGUUGUGCGUCGGAAGGCAGUUUUAAAGACUUUCUAACAUCGUAUCAUUGGAUGGGCGAGGAAGAAAUUUACGCCGACAUGUUAAAAGAUUGUUUUUCUAUUACGUUAACCACGUCUGAUGAAGUCAGCAAUGGAGGAAUAUGUGAAGUUUGCAUCACACAGUUGCGGAAUGCAUGCAAUUUCAAGCGUCAAGUGCAACAGACUGAAGAGCAGUUCAAAAGACGACUGCAAGAUAUUCUACUUAAAUCGAACCCAAUAAAAAUAGAGCCCGCGCGAGAUGAUGGCGACAUGUCCGAUAAUACUUUGUCGGAAGAUUUCUCUGCAAAUGAUUACGAAGUGCCCAUAAAAGUUGAGAAAUUGGACGACAAGCCAAAGAAACGUCAAGCCAAAGCGUCCACGUCCAGAGCGAAGAAGGCAAAGACUACCGAUGGAGAGCCGUCGGCUAAACGAACGGACGGCGAGCCCAAGCGCAGGAAAAAGAAAAAGAAAUCAGAUGUUAGUGCCACGCCAGAGAGAAUAGAGCACAGAGUAAAUCUCUCCGCCAUACUACAAUACUCCAAUGCCAGCCCCUUCCGAGAUAAGACGAUGCGAGGUUUCUCAUGUCUCUACUGUGCGAAAUAUUUUAAAACUAUCGACGAACUACGGAUACACACUGCCCAGCAAAGUGAGAAGGAUAAAAUUAACUCGAUGCUAGACUACAAAUUGAGCUACAAUCCCAUCAAGUUGGACAUAACAGAUUUAAGAUGCACAGUGUGCAACACUAACAUGAAAGAUCUGAACGAGCUGAAGGAACAUUUGGUCACCGCUCACAAUAAAACGAUACAUAAAAAUAUUAAAGAUAUCAUUUUGCCGUUCAAAUUGGAUGAUGGGCAUAAUUUUACGUGUGUUGUUUGCUCGGUUGUUCAUAUUUCGUUCAAAAAUCUUUAUCUACACAUGAGCAGUCACUAUCGUAAUUACUGCUGUAAGAAAUGUGGCGCCGGCUACAUCACUAUCGCGGCGUUGAGGAAACACGGAAAGACCCACUAUCAGGGGCACUUUCCAUGCGAUUAUUGCGACAAAUCGUACACUUCUCUCACCAAGAAAAGGAAUCACGAAAAGGGAGUGCACACUGGAGGAUGGUUGAGGAACAAAUGUCCCCAUUGUCCGGAGAUAUUUGUCAGCUACUACGAAAGAAGCGAGCAUUUGGUGAAAGUCCACAAUGAAACGCCCGUUCUGUAUCCGUGUAACGCAUGCAAUAAGACGUACAAAAAGAGAUUCGAAUUGAGCCGCCAUAUAAAACACCAUCAUUUGCAGCAAAGGAGUUAUUUAUGUGAUAAGUGUCACGCGAAAUUCUUUUCCAAGCGUGGUCUGGUCGACCAUAUGACCAGGCAUACCGGGGCAGAAGUUUGCGCGUGUGAUGUUUGCGGUAAGUCCUUCUCAAGGACUCGGACUCUAAAAGAGCAUAUGAAGGUGCAUGAGGAUGAUAAACGGUUUCAAUGCGAAGUCUGCAAAAAGACGUUUAUGCAGAAGAGCAGCCUCAAAAGUCAUAUACGUCUCCAUCAAGACGAUUUGGACAUUUUCAAAGAGUUUGAUGACGUCAAGCAUUUGAUAGAUAACAGAGAAAUGACCUUGAAGCAAAUAGCUGCUGAAAACAAGAAGAAGGCGCAAAUGGAGAAGUUAAAAGAUGAUUUUGUUAAUAUA